UUGGUUAGAAGAAUGUCUGGUCGCGGUAAAGGUGGAAAAGGUCUUGGGAAAGGAGGUGCUAAGCGCCAUCGCAAAGUUCUCCGUGAUAACAUCCAGGGCAUUACUAAGCCGGCGAUUCGUCGUUUGGCUCGCCGUGGAGGCGUAAAGCGUAUAUCCGGUCUCAUCUACGAAGAGACUCGUGGAGUCCUGAAGGUGUUUUUGGAGAAUGUGAUCCGCGAUGCCGUCACCUACACUGAGCACGCCAAGCGAAAGACCGUCACCGCUAUGGAUGUAGUUUAUGCUCUGAAACGUCAGGGUCGCACUCUGUACGGCUUCGGAUGAGCUAGCCCCUGGUCCAGACUCUGGUAAAGGGUCUGCAACAUCUUCCUCAUCAACAUCUUCUGCAACAUCUUCCUCCUCCCAGGCAGUCAGGAGGGGAGGCCUAUGGGUGUACAUGGUCAGGGGGUGAGUAGGCGCCACAAUUACCUGGACACAGUAUUCACAAAAAUAGACCA